AUGGGUUGGUCCACGUCAGCUCCGCUGCUUGUCUUCCUCUCUGCUCCUGCAGCAGCGUUCCUUCCAUCUCCUCCUCUCAGAUCCUCCUUCCCCCUUCGCGGGGACUGCAGCACCUUCUCCUCUGCUGCCGCUGCUUGUGGCGCCCCGGCGUCUUUCUUGACAUGCCGACCUGCCUUGCCUUGCUCGAGAAGCCGACGGGACAGGAGGAGCGGACAGACUCUCCGAUGUCAGGUGCAGCAGCAGGAGGAGAGGCAGCAAAAGCCUCCCAUCUCCUUCUCGGAGAGCGGGCGAGUUCAGUUCUUCGGCGUGGAAGCAACAGCAGAGGUCUGGGCCAUCGCUAUAGUCUACUUCGUUCAAGGAAUCUUAGGGAUAUCGCGGUUGGCCGUCUCCUUUUACUACAAGGAUUCCCUUCACCUCGGUCCGGCGGAGCUUGCGCUCGUCUCAUCCAUCCAAGUUGCUUCACCUUCUGACUGCUCGAGCUCACACGCGUCAGAUGGAUUCCCGCUGUUCGGAUACAAGAGGAGAAGCUACCUGAUUCUCUCUGGUUUACUCGGCAGCGUUUCUUGGGCUUCACUUUCUCUCCUCGCAGGAUGCGCGAGCGCCAACUCGUGCGGCCUCCUGGGCUCUGUCCCUGCCGCAGCCUCGGUAGCUCUGGUCACCUUGUCGUCGCUAGGCCUCGCCUUCUCUGACGUGCUCGUUGAUGCCCUCGUUGUCACGAGGUCGCGAGGAGCAGAUCAAAGUACAGCAGGUUCUCUUCAGAGUCUCUGUUGGUCUUCCUCUGCUCUAGGGUCUCUCCUCAGCGCCUACGCGUCUGGUCAGCUGGUCCAGAGCUUCGGUCCAGCCUGGGUCUUCUCGUUGACGGCUCUCUUCCCUCUCAUCACUUCAGGAGUCGCUGGGCUCAUUGACGAGAAGCCCGCCGAGGAGGAGGAAGUCAUCGACGUGACCCCGCAGAGCAGCUUCUUCUCCCACCUCAAGUCUCAGGGGUCGCUGCUGUGGGGAGCUUUCUCUAAGAGGAGCAUCCUGCUGCCUGUGACCUUCCUCGUUCUCUGGCAAUCAACACCAACGUCAGGCUCUGCACUCUUUUUCUUUGAGACCAACGAGCUAGGCUUCACGCCUGAGUUUCUGGGUCGCUUGAGUCUGGUCUCCUCCCUCUCCUCCUUGCUCGGCAUCAUCAUCUACGAUCAGAAGCUCAAGCGCGUCCCUCUCCGCGUCCUCUUCAAGUCUGCAGCCUCCCAGUCUGCAGCAGCUCGCGUGACCUCUGCCAGGUGGAUCUGCUUGAUCGCCGUUGUGCUCGGCAUGUCACCGCUCCUGCUCGUCACGCACGCCAACCGCCUCCUGGGCCUUCCCGACCAGCUGUUCGCCAUCGGCGAUGACGUCAUCUUGACCGUCCUCGGGCAGAUCGCCUUCAUGCCCGUCCUCGUGCUAGGGGCUAACAUCUGCCCCCCCGGCGUCGAGGCAUCUUUGUACGCUGCCCUGAUGUCGGUGAACAACCUGUCCGGAAGUCUUGGUUCAGGACUGCUCCCUCUACCGUUCUUGAAUCUUCUGCCGAAGCAGGUGGCUAAAGAGGACGGCGAUCUAGUCAUCGAGGCCUCAGAGGAAGAGGCAGAGGAAGCGAAGUGA